AUGUCCAAACCCAUCGUCUUUAUAGGUGCGUCCGGCGCGAUGUGCCAGCUGGUCAUUCAGCGCUUCAUUAAAGCCAGUGACGCGCCGUUUACCCUUGCGGAUAUCAACAUUGAGGCUGUGGAGUCGCUACGUGCAACUUUGCCACCAGGGCGGGCAACAACCCUGAAACUUGACCUCUUCGAUCAUGAAGCUCUUGUGAAUGCAAUGAAGGGCGCAGCGCUCGUCGUUCUUGGGGCAGGGCCAUAUACUCGCACUUCGCAUCCAGUGAUGGAAGCCUGUUUAGAGGUCAAGGUUCCAUACCUGGAUUUCGACGACGAUGUGGAGAGCACCCAAGCGGCCCUGGACAUGAAUGAACGCGCGAAGAAGGCCGGUGUCGCCUUCUUUAUUGGUUGCGGUGCCUCGCCUGGGUUGAGCAACGUUAUUGCGGUUGAUGCAGCCAGUGAACUUGAUAGUGUCAGCGCGAUUGACCUUUGCUGGCUGGUUGGGAAUGAGAAAUCUGGAGCUGGGAGGGCCGUCAUGGAACAUCUCAUGCAUAUUGCUUCCGGCCCUUGUCUGUCAUGGAUCAAUGGCAAACCCACCUUAAUCGAAUCAUACCUAGAAACCCGAUAUGCGCCAAUGUUGGGCGAGUCAAGCGAAAUGAUGCUUCACGAGACCGCUCAUCCAGAGCCUGUUACCCUUCCCCGGCUUUUCCCCACGGCAGACAGUAUUAGAUGUUUCGGCGGCCUUUAUCCACCAACCAAGUUCGGGUGUGCACGAGGCUUGGGUAAUGCUGUCCGUCGUGGAAUCUUGCCCAUCGACGAAGCCUGUGAUUUUCAGGUCAAGGCUCGGCACGGCGAGCUGGAGCCUGAGGUCGGCGGCCAACUUCUUCGCGAUUUGAAAGCCCAAUUUCAUACGCUUGAAAUAAAUAGCGAACAAGGUUCUCGGCUUCUAAAACAGGCCAAGGGAUCCAACAGAGCUGCGGCUUAUGCUUUGGAGGGAUUAAUGGACCAGAUUCGGAGGGGGGAAACCUCCAAGGAAGAGGUACGCGAUUUUUUAAUCGAAGCGUCGGGGUACACCGAGAAGGUGGAAACAGCUGGUGCACUUCUGGUACGAGUGGUCGGUUCCCGCAAUGGCCAUCCAGCUAUAAUCACCAAACGCACGCCUACGUGUGGUUCUGAUUUGUAUUUGAUGAGAAGCAUGGGAACUGUGACAGGGACAUCCUGUGCAGCUUUUAUGGUCAUGGCCAUGCAAGCUGGACAGACACUGAGCGGUGUCUUUUGUCCCGAAGAUUGGGCUGAACCGCGGGCCUUUUACAAGGCACUCGAGACUGUUGGCGUACCACGUCACGAAUUGCCCGAAACACACACGUUUUAA